GCCUCUUUCGUCGUAGUGAGUCAGCUCGCCGUGCGCAAACGGGACCGUCGGAGGGCUGCGCUGUGUAGGCUGCGGACCGCAUACGACCUGCGGCACUUGAAAUCACGGCCGGCGGCUAGAGCUCCGACGCCAUCCGCACGCGGAUCCAAUGAGGAAAACGGGAUAGUCUGACGGGUACCCGCGGUCGGGAUAUUUCCCAACAACCUCCUCCUCCUCCUCCUCUUCUCAUUACUGGCCAUCGCGGACUCUACGGGCGCAGAGAGCGGCAGCGAUGCGGCGGGUCUGCUGUUGAGUCCUUUCCCUCGCUUAUUGCUGUCGGCUUUUUUUUGUUUUAGUUUUUUUUGUUACCUGAAAGGGAGACACACAAUAAACCCACAAUGAAGCUCAAGCCGAACCAGACCAGGACGUACGACGGCGAGGGCUUCAAGAAACGAGCAGCGUGCCUGUGCUUCAAGAACGAACGCGAGGAAGAGGUGCUGCUGGUCAGCAGCAGUCGGCACCCGGAGCAGUGGAUCGUCCCCGGAGGGGGGAUGGAGCCCGAGGAGGAGCCGUGUGGCGCCGCAGUGCGAGAGGUGUUUGAGGAGGCCGGUGUGAAGGGCAAGCUAGGACGUCUGCUCGGCGUGUUCGAGCAAAACCAAGACCGGAAGCACCGGACGUACGUGUACGUGUUGACCGUCACCGAAACCCUGGAGGCCUGGGAGGACUCCGUCAACAUCGGCCGUAAGAGGGAGUGGUUCACCGUGGACGAGGCCAUCAAAGUGCUGCAGAGUCACAAACCCGUCCACGCCGAGUACCUGCGGAGGCUCCAGCUCAGCUGCUCCCCGACCAACGGAAACUCCAUCCUCCCGGGGCCGCCACCCAACGACAACUACCCCCAUUACAGCGCCACCGCGACCUCGCCCUCGACGGGUAACGUGUUGGGUCCCUCCUGCAGAUAGGACUGCAACUUUUUUUUUUUUUUUUUUUUUUAAACCACGUGGGCUGUCCAGCCGGGACGGUUUCACUGAAAGUCUGUACAGUCUUGCAUGAAUCUAAUGACUUUUUUUUUCUCCAAGCUGCGGCUCUCUCGUAUGUAUCAUCGCUAGUCUUAGCUACAGGAGAGACCAAAGCACAUCGACAGAACUGUGUUGAGGACUCGAUGUCUCUAACGUAAAGACUGAAUAUCUCAAGAACACUUUUUUUCCUUUUCGCUGGAAAAUACUAGAGCGACAAGACGGAGCUUGAGGGAGGGUGAAGCCGCGCAGCCGGCUGGCGUGAACGACCUGGCGAAGGAAUGCCUUACAGAAUGUUGUUUUUUUCUCACUAAUGGUCACGUUUUUUUAUUUUAUUUUUAGCAGAUUGGAAGUGCUUUCAAGUCAAUAAAAGAGUAAUUGACACCAAAGCACAUCCAUGCGAGGAAUGUUUCCAGACUUAAUAUUGUCUAUCAUCAAGCCAAGAUUAUAAAAAAUCAUACACACGUUGAUCCCGGAGCAUAGAUAUGUUUGAAAGUUCUCCUAGCUGGGAUUUUCCUGACAAAAUGUAAUGUCCUCAAUUAUUUACAUUUUGCGUCAACAUAAGGUAUCAUACAAUUAGGAGAAUAGAACAAAAAUGGAAAACGUUGUGCCACAAAUGGCUUGUGGUCGUAAAUGCCAGGGUCAAAGGUCCAAGACGGGUUUAUCUCCAGAAAAAGUAAAACUGUCAGCGAGUAGAUACCUCAGUAAACACGUGGGGCGUGCUCGACAUCCUUUGACCCGACAGGGAAACUGCACCGAGAAGCACAGGCGUUGCGUCUCCACUAACCUCGACCGAUGACCUGAACUGUCGACUGUUGAAAGCCACAUACCUUUUAUGUUACGGUUUCCCACGUUUGUCACGGUGUAAAUCCUUUUUUGCCUGAGUUACGGGGUGCUGCUACGGGGUCUGUUCAGUUCAUCUAAACCGUGGAAAUGAAAUAAGAGGAUUUUGAUGAGUAUAGUUAUUGUUGACUGCCCUUUUUGAAUUAAAGUUUGCAUUUUUUUUUUAUCAUGUCUCAUUUGGCAAAACCGACCACCAAAUGACAUCAUUUUCAUGUUUGAUAUGAUUGCCCCCCGCCCCCCCCCCCCCCAGGAAUAAUUUUGAUUCUGGAUUAACCCGAGAUAUAUAUAUAUAUUUUUUUGUUGAUCCUUUAAUGGUUAGGUCCAUGAAUUGUUAGAAAUUGUUAAAAAGGCCCAUUAUAGCUUUUGCUUUAGUUUUAAUAUCAAUAAUUGAUCAUGAUCCUUUGGUUACUGCCUAAACAGGUGGAGUUCUUGGUGCAUCGUGGGUCAUCCCCAUCUUUUUCUCUCCAUGUAUCCCGCCUGCUUAUCCGCUCAAAUAUUUUCACAACGUUUUUAAGGGCAAAAACAAUCCCUAGGAAAUAUUCUAGAUCAACGACAUCUACGUGUAGAAUAUCGAGACAGAAAUCCAAAGAAAUCAAAGAGUUUUCUCUUAAGAAGCACCAACUCACUCCCCUGUCGACGGCUGAAUGACGACUCAAAACCACACAGAGAUUUGUAAAUAGCUUUGAAAAGACAUGUUAACAUUAACAUGUUUUUAACCCGAAUGUACCUGUACAAUUUCUCUUAAUAUUUUAUAUAUUUUCUAACAAUGUACAAAUGGCAGGAUAAAACCAACGUGUUGAAAACCCAGCGAGGACGGUGUGUACAGUAUAUUUGUAUCGAUGACCAUGUGCCACGGUUUUAGGAUAUAAAGGUUGGUGUGAAAUUGAGUGGUUGAAUUAAUGCAUUCUAAAUUCUGAUCUGGUGAAAUAUAUCUUUAUGAGGACUGCAUAGAAGUUAACUUUAGACCGGAAAAAAAAUAUCAGAGACUGGAGACGGUUAAAUAUAUUCUUUUCUUUUCUUUUUUUUUUACAAAAUGUACAUAGCAUCUUGGUAUUCAAACAAUUACGGUAGAAUAGUAAUGAUCAGGGGAAUGUUUUGAAAGCUUUGGUAAGACAUUGAUGAAGUAUUUCCAUAUGACAGACGGAUGUUUUUUUUAAUUGUUUAUUCAGCUGCAAUGAUCUCAUACUGUUUAACAUGGUUUUAUUCAGUUCAAUGCACCAAUUCAGUUAUAAACUUUCAGUCUAUUGGCAAUGUUAGAACUCCAACCACCUCAAGCCUUUGUGUGUGUGUGCGCGCGUAUGUAUCGUGGGUUGGCGAAAGUGAAGUACAAUGUGCCAAAUUGCAAAACGUAUUAGUGUUCAGGUGGGAAAAUCUGUGAUGUUUUGUUAAACCUUCAUCAUUUUUAGCCAACUGCUUUGUGGAAAAAAAGAAUAAGACUUUAAACAAUGGAAUUCCCUACAUUGUCCAGGAACCACAGGGCUUCCAUUUGUCACAUAACCGAGCAUGCAAGAUUUCACUACAAUCCAGAAAACAACAUCAAUUAAACAUAAACCCAUUCAGCUUAAUGUUUUGCAGCAGAAACGCCUCUUUCCUCCACUUCCCGGAGCCUCUGUUUGUCUGUGAACGCUCCUUUUAGGACUGAAGCAUGAGGCUAAGGGUGAUAGUCCCACAAAUAACAUGUAUGUGCUCCAUGUACAAAAAAAAUGCGGGAUGACACGAGUCCACCGCUUGAUUGUCCGCUCAACACACAUUGUAAUGUCACAUGGAUGUAUCCAGAGAUUUGCUCAGAGCUGACUUAAGCUUUCUCACCGUUUUGUCAUGGAUAUUAUGCACAGAAAAAGGUUUAUGGUGAAAGUGAUUUGAUGGCGUAGACUGGGGAGAUUUGUUUUUGAGGUUGCAUUAAAGGGGGAAAAUCAUA